AUGGCCGUCGCUCUCAUCGCUGGCAUGGGCAAGGAGCUCGAUUUUCUCCAAGGAAAUCGAUAUUCAGUGGCAUUGCUGGUGUUCUUCGUUCCAUAUUUCCUGUUUGAGAUCCCCAGCAAUAUCGCCCUCCGAAAGGUGGGAGCAGCGUUGUGGCUAUCCUUCCUGACAUUCGCCUGGGGAAUGAGCGUGCUAGGCUCGGGAUUCGCCCAUUCCUGGACGGUCAUUGUGGGCUGUAGGAUCCUUAUGGGCGCGUUCGAGGGAGGUUUCAUUCCUGGGUGCAUGUACUUGAUCAGCUGCUGGUACGACCGGUAUCAAACGCAGAAGCGCAUGUCGGCCUUCUAUGCCAUCAGCCUGCUCGCUGGCGGCUUCGGCAACAUCCUGGCUUACGGCCUGAUGAAGAUCCGUGCGGGAGGCUACCUUGGCUGGCGGUGGAUCUUCAUCGUCGAGGGAUUGAUCACCGUGGUACUCGCGCCUCUCGGGUACUGGCUCAUCGUGGAUUUCCCGGACAAGGUGCACCUAUCGCGGCGGCCGUUUCUGACCCCCGACGAGGUGCAAAUCAUCAAGGACCGACUUCAACAGGAUCGAGGCGAUGCCGAGUAUACCAAGAUCACUCCCAAACACGUCAUCGCCACGCUCGGCAAGUGGCAGCUGUGGGUGUACUCGUUGCAGUUCAUGUGUGCGGGUAUCGGCGUGUACGCGUUUGCAUACUUCACGCCGCUGAUCUUGCAGGGACUGGGCUUCACCACCACCAAGGUCUACCUGUUGUCGGCGCCUCCCAACAUUGCAGCCAUCUUCUACGCCUUCGGCCUGUCGUAUCUAGCUGACCAUCUCAAGCUCCGUGCGCCCUUUGUCGCCCUCCACUCCAUCGUCACCAUCGUGGGGCUGAUGCUGGUCGAAUAUUGCAAAAACAACUCGGUUCGAUACUUUGGCGUCUUCCUCGGCGUUGCGGGUGCCAACGGCAACCUGCCGGCCAUUCUGGCCUGGCAGGCGAAUAACAUUCGUGGGCAAGAUACAAGAGCGGUGGCCUCUGGCUUUCAAAUCGCCGCGGGUGCUAUUGGUGGAAUCUACGCAAGCACCACCUUCAUCGCCAAACAGGCCCCGAAGUACGCUGGUGGACUCUGGGCAACAGCGUUCAGUCUCGACUCGGCCUAG